CACAGGUACUAUUUUUCCGAACUUUGGGGAUCAUAUUCGACUCCACAACUCACGACACCGGCAAACCUUUUGAGAGAAGCCGUGGGAUCUCAAUUUCAACUUAAGCUGACACGAUGGAUGUUCAGCGUCUAAAAGCCCUAAACCAAGCAAAGCACUCUCGCUUGAGCGCAGGUCUAUUUUUAUCAUGCCUGCAUGAUAAACCUGAAUGGGCAAACCAUUUCCUCCAACAAAUGCUUCAUAUUCCCCGCAUUUACUCGUUGGAAGGCCUACCCCUCGAGCUCGCGUUUAAUACAAGCGGGCUGGCCCAAACCCCUCACAAGCGCUUGGCGACUGACAGAUCUCGAGCUCCCAGAACAGCCGUCAUAGACCCCAGCUUGGGUCGCUGAUCAUCAAUCGGUUACGGUCUUGUAUUCACCUGGACAAACUCUUCUUCUCUUGUCCAAAACUGUAGUUGCACCUGCGACACUGCUGGAUCUCGGCCAUCAUGGACGGUCCUCCUAGGUUGCCCAAGAAGCCAUGCGUGACAACAGAAGCCUGAUGAUUACUCAAUAUUGUAACUGCUACCGGACUCUUCUGGCACGAAGCUCGUGUUUACCACAUACUUUCUUAGAGCCAAGAUGGCCAAGCGAUGCCAAUUCUCUUGGAAUACCAAUUUCCCCAGUGUCCAUCGUUAGACCUGAGUCUCGUAUGCACAAAAUCAAUAGUCCUCCACGAUCGCAGCAAGCUUCUGAUGGCAUCGAACACUUCAGAGCCUCUCUAAGCUCCUCGAUCGCCUGUAUUCUGGUCUCUAGUGCUCUCUUCUCUUGUUGCCUCACCGUCAUGAGGUUGAGAAUGUCUCCGAAUGGUCGCUUGCUGAACAUAUUAUGGGUCAGCCUCGCUUGUGGUUGAAGUUAGCAAACGAGAAGUCUGACUUGGCAGCUCUAAAUGGUCUAAUUGUGGAUUUUGUGCGUACAUUGCGACCAUGUUCGCGCUUCUAGAGCGAAAUCUUUGCCCUGAGAAAGGUAGCAUGUGGUUUUAAACCUGGCUUCUUGUAAGAUAUAAGGUGGCAGUUUGUCCUUCGUCUCCGUUGCUCAUUUUUCAACUCUACUAUUCGAACAAAAAUCUUUCGUACCCGCUUUGAUUUAUCUGGACAUCCGUUGAUAUCAACCUUUCAACUUCAGCAGUUACCAUGCUGUUCAAGUGUCUUAUAUUUGCCGUCUUUGCUUUUCUGGCAGCCGCUGCUCCGGGAGGUGACAAAGACUACAACGACAAGGAUUGGGGCAAGAACCAGUGUUACAUAAAACAUGUGACAUACUACACUACCGACUACAACUAUGCGACAAAGGUCGACUAUGCUUACACAACGAAGGUCAAGUCGUGGGAAGUGCCCUACGUGACCAAAGUUCCGGUAACGACCUGGGUUGAGACGAAGCUUACACAGACGAAAUAUAAGACCGACGUGGAUAAGUAUCCUGUCACUAAAAUUGAUAAGUAUCCUGUCGUCAAAUCAGAAGUUAAGGACCAGAAGAUAUGCAAGACGAAGUGGUGGGGUGAUCACUGGGAUUACGACAACAAGUGGUAGUUUGAAUAUGACAUACAAAAGCCUACGCUGUUUGGUCAGAUGUUUCACGACAUGUCUUACGAAUAUGCACAAAACGUACAAGUUACUGGUCUGGUAAAUGAAUUUUCAUUGGAGCUUGAAGCACAGCUGCUUGCGCGGAAUAAUGAUGCAGGACGGCAGUCACUAAGAAAAAUGGCCUAAAAGUUUGUCUGAUAAGUUGGUAAAAUGUUCAAGUCCGCACUAAAGGUCCAUGUUUUCCUGUAAGAUUUUAAAUGAUAUACAUUCUAAAAUGUUAUGUUGAC